AUGGCAGCUACCUUUCCCUUUAGAGGUAUCCCUGCAGGGUUGCCACCUGGUGUCCCCCCUCCUGCACCAGUUCCAGACUACAUGUCGGAGGAAAAACUGCAAGAAAAAGCGAGGAAAUGGCAGCAGCUGCAGGCGAAGCGCUACUCAGAAAAGAGAAAGUUUGGCUUUGUGGAUGCUCAGAAGGAAGACAUGCCACCUGAACAUGUCCGCAAGAUCAUCAGAGACCAUGGAGAUAUGACCAACAGAAAGUUUCGCCAUGACAAGCGGGUCUACCUUGGUGCUCUAAAGUACAUGCCUCAUGCAGUGCUGAAACUUCUGGAGAACAUGCCGAUGCCAUGGGAGCAGAUUCGAGAUGUGCCCGUCCUCUACCACAUCACUGGAGCUAUUUCCUUUGUCAAUGAAAUUCCUUGGGUUAUAGAACCGGUUUACAUUGCUCAGUGGGGUACCAUGUGGAUCAUGAUGCGUCGUGAGAAACGUGACCGCCGGCACUUCAAACGCAUGCGUUUUCCUCCAUUUGAUGAUGAGGAGCCGCCGCUGGACUACGCGGAUAACAUCCUUGACGUGGAACCUCUGGAAGCCAUCCAGAUGGAGCUGGACCCUGAGGAGGAUGCUUCAGUUGCAGAGUGGUUCUAUGAGCACCAGCCCCUCAGAGACACUGCCAAGUUUGUGAAUGGCACCACCUACCGUCGUUGGCAGUUCACUCUUCCAAUGAUGUCCACGCUGUAUCGCCUUGCCAACCAGCUGUUGACUGACCUGGUGGACUUCAAUUACUUCUACUUAUUUGACCUAAAGGCUUUCUUCACUUCCAAGGCGUUAAAUAUGGCCAUCCCUGGAGGGCCAAAGUUUGAGCCCCUAGUCAGGGACAUCAAUCUGCAGGAUGAAGACUGGAAUGAGUUCAAUGACAUCAACAAGAUCAUCAUUCGACAGCCUAUCAGGACAGAGUACAAAAUUGCCUUCCCCUACCUUUACAACAACUUGCCACAUCACGUCCACCUCACCUGGUACCAUACACCCAAUGUGGUUUUUAUCAAGACAGAGGAUCCAGAUCUUCCGGCGUUCUACUUUGACCCACUGAUCAACCCUAUUUCUCACCGGCAUUCUGUUAAGAGUCAAGAGCCUCUGCCUGAUGACGAUGAAGAGUUUGAACUUCCCGAGUACGUGGAUCCAUUCCUUAAAGACACGCCACUCUACACAGACAACACAGCCAAUGGCAUUGCUUUGCUGUGGGCACCAAGACCAUUCAACCUACGAUCUGGCAGGACAAGACGUGCUAUUGACAUUCCUUUGAUCAAGAACUGGUAUCGUGAGCACUGCCCUGCUGGACAGCCUGUGAAAGUGCGUGUGUCAUACCAGAAACUGCUGAAGUAUUAUGUACUCAAUGCUCUGAAACACAGACCACCCAAGGCCCAGAAGAAGAGGUAUCUGUUUCGUUCCUUCAAGGCCACCAAGUUCUUCCAGUCCACCAAGCUGGACUGGGUGGAGGUAGGCCUGCAAGUUUGCCGUCAGGGCUACAACAUGCUCAAUCUGCUUAUCCAUCGAAAAAACCUCAACUACUUGCAUCUUGACUACAACUUCAACCUCAAGCCUGUCAAGACUCUCACCACUAAGGAGCGCAAAAAGUCCAGAUUUGGCAAUGCGUUCCACUUGUGCAGAGAAGUGUUGCGCCUCAGCAAGCUGGUGGUGGACAGCCAUGUGCAGUACCGACUGGGAAAUGUUGAUGCAUUUCAGUUGGCUGAUGGACUGCAGUAUAUCUUUGCUCACGUUGGCCAGCUGACUGGCAUGUAUCGCUACAAGUACAAGUUGAUGAGACAAAUCCGGAUGUGCAAAGACCUGAAGCAUCUCAUCUACUACCGGUUCAAUACCGGUCCUGUGGGUAAGGGUCCUGGCUGUGGCUUCUGGGCUCCUGGCUGGAGAGUGUGGCUGUUCUUCAUGCGGGGCAUCACUCCGUUGUUGGAAAGGUGGCUGGGAAAUCUUCUGGCCAGACAGUUUGAAGGACGUCACUCCAAGGGUGUGGCCAAGACUGUGACCAAACAGCGUGUGGAAUCUCACUUUGACCUGGAGUUGCGUGCUGCUGUGAUGCAUGACAUCCUGGAUAUGAUGCCUGAGGGCAUCAAGCAGAACAAAGCGAGGACAAUCCUACAGCAUCUCAGCGAGUCCUGGAGGUGCUGGAAGGCAAACAUCCCAUGGAAGGUUCCUGGCCUGCCGACUCCCAUUGAGAACAUGAUUCUGCGCUACGUGAAGGCUAAAGCUGACUGGUGGACGAACACUGCCCACUACAACCGUGAGCGAAUCCGUCGUGGAGCCACUGUGGACAAGACUGUGUGCAAGAAGAACCUGGGCAGACUGACCCGUCUGUACCUGAAAGCUGAGCAAGAGAGGCAGCACAACUACCUGAAGGAUGGUCCCUACAUCACUGCUGAAGAGGCUGUAGCCAUUUACACCACCACUGUACACUGGCUGGAGAGUCGACGCUUUUCUCCCAUCCCCUUCCCUCCACUGUCCUACAAACACGACACCAAGCUGCUCAUUCUGGCUUUGGAGCGGCUCAAGGAGGCAUACAGUGUGAAGUCACGUCUGAACCAGUCUCAGAGAGAGGAGCUGGGUCUGAUUGAACAGGCUUACGACAACCCCCACGAGGCCCUGUCCAGGAUCAAACGUCACCUCCUCACGCAGAGAGCCUUCAAAGAGGUGGGUAUUGAGUUUAUGGACCUUUACAGCCACUUGGUGCCUGUGUAUGAUGUCGAACCCCUGGAGAAGAUCACCGAUGCUUAUCUUGACCAGUACCUCUGGUAUGAAGCAGAUAAAAGGCGACUCUUUCCACCUUGGAUCAAACCAUCUGACACUGAACCGCCACCACUGCUUGUUUACAAGUGGUGCCAAGGCAUCAACAACUUGCAGGAUGUGUGGGAGACUGCAGACGGUGAAUGCAAUGUGAUGCUGGAGUCACGCUACGAGAAGAUGUAUGAGAAAAUUGAUCUGACGUUGCUGAACAGGCUGCUGCGUCUCAUUGUUGACCACAACAUCGCUGAUUACAUGACGGCGAAGAACAACGUGGUCAUUAACUACAAGGAUAUGAACCAUACCAACUCCUACGGCAUCAUCCGGGGACUCCAGUUUGCCUCGUUCAUUGUGCAGUACUACGGUUUAGUGAUGGACUUGUUGGUCCUCGGCUUGCACCGUGCCAGUGAGAUGGCCGGCCCACCACAAAUGCCCAAUGACUUCCUCAGUUUCCAAGACACAGCCACAGAGAGCGCUCACCCCAUCCGUCUGUACUGCCGCUACAUUGAUCGUAUUCACAUCUUCUUCAGGUUUUCUGCAGAUGAUGCAAGGGACUUGAUUCAAAGGUACCUGACAGAGCAUCCAGACCCCAACAAUGAAAACAUUGUGGGUUACAACAACAAGAAGUGUUGGCCUCGCGAUGCUCGCAUGAGAUUAAUGAAGCAUGAUGUCAACCUUGGUCGUGCAGUAUUCUGGGACAUCAAGAACCGCCUGCCCAGAUCAGUGACCACUGUCCAAUGGGAAAACAGCUUUGUGUCAGUUUACAGCAAAGACAAUCCCAACCUGCUCUUUAACAUGUGUGGCUUUGAGUGCCGCAUCCUACCGAAGUGUCGCACCAGCUAUGAGGAAUUCACCCACAAAGAUGGUGUUUGGAACCUGCAAAACGAGGUAACCAAAGAGAGGACAGCACAGUGUUUCCUACGUGUUGAUGAUGAAUCAAUGCAGCGAUUCCACAACAGAGUUCGGCAGAUCCUCAUGGCCUCUGGAUCCACAACAUUCACCAAGAUUGUGAAUAAAUGGAACACUGCUCUGAUUGGCCUGAUGACUUACUUCCGUGAGGCAGUGGUCAACACUCAAGAGCUUCUGGACCUGCUGGUUAAGUGUGAGAACAAGAUCCAGACACGUAUCAAGAUUGGUCUGAACUCAAAAAUGCCCAGUCGAUUCCCGCCUGUAGUCUUCUACACACCUAAAGAGUUGGGUGGCCUUGGCAUGCUCUCCAUGGGGCAUGUCCUAAUUCCACAGUCAGACCUAAGGUGGUCCAAGCAGACUGAUGUGGGAAUCACCCACUUCAGGUCUGGAAUGAGCCACGAAGAGGACCAGCUGAUUCCUAACCUGUAUCGUUACAUUCAACCAUGGGAGAGUGAAUUUAUCGACUCUCAGAGGGUUUGGGCAGAGUAUGCCCUCAAGAGGCAGGAGGCAAUAGCACAAAACAGGCGAUUGACCCUGGAAGAUUUGGAAGACUCUUGGGACAGGGGAAUACCACGUAUCAACACUCUUUUCCAGAAGGACAGACACACACUGGCUUAUGACAAGGGCUGGAGAGUCAGGACAGAUUUCAAACAGUACCAGGUGCUGAAGCAGAACCCCUUCUGGUGGACACAUCAGAGGCAUGAUGGCAAGUUGUGGAAUCUAAACAACUACCGUACAGACAUGAUUCAGGCCCUGGGUGGUGUGGAGGGAAUCCUGGAACACACUCUAUUCAAAGGCACUUACUUUCCCACCUGGGAGGGUCUCUUCUGGGAGAAGGCUAGUGGUUUUGAGGAGUCCAUGAAAUGGAAGAAGUUGACCAAUGCACAGAGGUCUGGUCUUAACCAGAUUCCCAACCGUCGCUUCACACUUUGGUGGUCGCCAACUAUCAACAGAGCCAAUGUGUACGUUGGUUUUCAAGUCCAGCUUGACCUGACAGGUAUCUUCAUGCAUGGAAAGAUUCCCACGCUGAAGAUCUCUCUCAUUCAGAUUUUCAGAGCUCACUUGUGGCAGAAGAUCCAUGAGAGCAUCGUCAUGGAUCUGUGUCAGGUGUUUGACCAGGAACUGGAUGCCCUGGAGAUUGAGACUGUGCAGAAGGAGACCAUCCACCCCAGAAAGUCGUACAAGAUGAACUCAUCUUGUGCAGACAUCCUCCUUUUUGCGUCAUACAAGUGGAACGUCUCUCGGCCGUCUCUGCUUGCUGAUUCAAAGGAUGUGAUGGACAGCACCACCACACAGAAAUACUGGAUUGACAUUCAGCUGCGCUGGGGUGAUUAUGACUCUCAUGACAUCGAGCGUUAUGCCAGGGCCAAGUUCCUCGACUACACCACCGACAACAUGAGUAUCUACCCCUCCCCCACAGGGGUGCUUAUUGCUAUUGACCUGGCCUACAACCUCCACAGCGCCUAUGGUAACUGGUUCCCAGGAAGCAAGCCAUUAAUACAGCAGGCCAUGGCCAAGAUCAUGAAGGCUAACCCUGCCUUGUAUGUGCUCAGAGAGCGCAUCCGCAAAGGUCUGCAGCUGUACUCUUCAGAGCCCACUGAGCCCUACCUGUCUUCGCAGAAUUAUGGUGAGCUUUUCUCCAACCAGAUCAUCUGGUUUGUUGAUGACACCAAUGUCUACCGGGUGACCAUCCAUAAGACUUUUGAAGGUAACUUGACCACAAAGCCCAUCAAUGGAGCAAUUUUCAUCUUCAACCCCAGGACUGGUCAGCUCUUCCUCAAGAUUAUUCACACGUCUGUGUGGGCUGGACAGAAACGUCUUGGACAGCUGGCCAAAUGGAAAACGGCUGAAGAAGUGGCUGCCCUGAUUCGCUCUCUCCCUGUGGAAGAGCAGCCAAAGCAGAUCAUUGUCACCAGAAAAGGCAUGCUGGACCCUCUGGAGGUCCACUUGCUGGAUUUCCCAAACAUUGUGAUCAAAGGCUCAGAGUUACAGCUACCCUUCCAGGCCUGUUUGAAGGUGGAGAAGUUUGGAGACUUGAUUCUGAAAGCUACAGAACCUCAGAUGGUGCUCUUCAACCUGUAUGAUGACUGGCUCAAGACCAUUUCAUCUUACACAGCCUUCUCUCGGCUCAUCCUGAUCCUCAGAGCGCUUCACGUCAACAAUGACCGUGCUAAGGUGAUCCUGAAACCUGACAAGACCACGAUCACUGAGCCCCAUCACAUUUGGCCAACACUGACUGACGAGGAGUGGAUUAAGGUGGAGGUUCAACUCAAAGAUCUGAUUCUGGCUGACUAUGGCAAAAAAAACAAUGUGAAUGUGGCUUCACUGACGCAGUCUGAGAUCCGUGACAUCAUCCUGGGAAUGGAGAUCUCUGCACCAUCACAGCAGCGCCAGCAAAUUGCUGAGAUUGAGAAGCAGACAAAGGAGCAGUCGCAGCUCACAGCCACACAGACACGGACAGUCAACAAGCACGGAGAUGAGAUCAUCACCUCCACCACCUCCAACUAUGAGACCCAGACCUUCUCCUCAAAGACUGAAUGGAGGGUCAGGGCCAUUUCUGCUGCCAACCUCCACCUCCGAACCAACCACAUCUAUGUGUCAUCUGAUGAUAUCAAGGAGACAGGCUACACCUACAUCCUUCCCAAGAAUGUCCUCAAAAAGUUCAUCUGCAUCUCAGAUCUGCGCGCACAGAUUGCAGGUUAUCUGUAUGGCACCAGUCCACCAGACAACCCUCAGGUGAAAGAGAUCCGCUGUAUCGUCAUGGUUCCACAGUGGGGGACCCACCAGACUGUCCACCUGCCCAACCAGCUGCCUGCACAUGAGUACCUUAAAGAGAUGGAGCCUCUUGGGUGGAUCCACACGCAGCCUAACGAAUCACCCCAGCUCUCUCCACAGGACGUCACGACUCAUGCCAGGGUUAUGGCGGACAAUCCUUCCUGGGAUGGAGAAAAGACCAUCAUCAUCACAUGCAGCUUCACGCCGGGUUCGUGCACGCUCACAGCGUACAAGCUGACACCCAGUGGCUAUGAGUGGGGGCGACAGAACACAGACAAGGGCAACAACCCCAAAGGCUACCUUCCAUCCCACUAUGAGAGGGUGCAGAUGUUGCUGUCGGACCGCUUCCUGGGCUUCUUCAUGGUUCCUGGACAAGUCUCCUGGAACUACAACUUCAUGGGUGUUCGUCACGACCCCAACAUGAAGUAUGACCUGCAGCUUUCUAAUCCCAAAGAGUUCUACCAUGAAGUCCACCGACCCUCACACUUCCUCAACUUCGCCUCACUGCAGGAAGGUGAAAUCUAUAACGCCGACCGCGAAGACAUGUAUGCUUGAGAGUGGACACAUUUUGUAGAUAUUUCUGGAAUAAUCACGUGGAACCGGUUCAGAACAGUUCUUGCAAAAUCACUGUUGAAUACAUGCAGGUGAGACAUCGUAGAACCGUUUAGAAAGUGAAAUUCUUCUCCCCCGAAUAUUAAUUAUUAGUUUUCUUUCAGUAAACACAGCUUUGUUUUUCAGCUGUCUGUGCGUACAGUUCAUCCAGAUGUGUGUGCAGUUUGUUUUAUAAUUAUUAUUUUAAAGCCAUUACUUGUCACUCUUGAGAAUUAAAUUGAAAGUUGUAUUUUGUCAUUAAUACCCUGAUACUAUGUUGUACUGUACAUGCUGUGACAUUGUAGUGUGGCUUAAAUAAAGUCUUUUUUUUUUUAAUAUAUAUA